AUGGAAACCACCGAAACACUCAGCCUUUGCUUCUCUUACCGUACUGUCGAGCGAGAUCCUAGCGGAGGCCUAGAUUGGGGACAAAGAACACGCAUGUCGAUCAACGAUAUCACACUUCAGGCUUACCUACCAGAUGAAUUUUGGUUGCAGAUACGACCAGAAGUUGGUUGCGUCCUCGAUAAACUGUUAAUCGACUUAAGACUACGGCUACUUCAAGAAACGGACGGCAAGCACAUACUUCCUACAGAGUUAAAACAGCAUGCUUCAACACUGAACAGCCAGAACCUUCAAUUAGCAUCGAAAUGGAUCAAGAAGUGUGUCCGGUCACACCACAUAUGCAAAGCUUAUCAGUCGCAGCAGUCAGGAUGGCGACCCACGAGACUUGUUCAUGUGGGCUCAGAGUCUCAGCAACCAAGACUCAUUGUCCUAUCUGAGGAUUCCAUCGCAGCUCCCUACGUCGCAUUAAGUUAUAGCUGGGGAUCAGGUUACAGUGCUACUCUUUGUCUCGAGAAUGUUCACGACUUCCAAAAGGAAAUCCCGGCUGAAAGUCUACCAAACACCAUCCAAGACGCAAUCGCUAUCACCAAAACACUCGGCUACGAAUAUAUAUGGAUCGACGCGCUUUGCAUUAUCCAGGAUUCAAAAGAAGACUGGAUAGAGCAGUCUUCAAUGAUGGGCGAUAUAUACGGUUCAGCAACUUUCACCCUUGCUGCGGCUGGAAACCCAAAUGUCAAAGACACAAUGUCCUGUCGUAGGAAUCCCCGUGCUAUUCGACCUUGUGUGGCAAAUAUCAAACCGAACACGAGGUACCUAGGGCUCAGUUACCCAUGGGCGAUAUACCCGAACCAACCGGAACGUCUACUGGCCAAUACUAUCAACGAAAGCCCACUAAGUCGUCGUGCCUGGGCAUUACAAGAGCUUCUAGUGUCACCCAGAACCUUGAUAUUCGGGCCAAAACAAAUGGUGUGGUCUUGUACCAAUGUAGAAGCAAGUGAAACAUUUCCUUUGGGUCUUGAUCCCAAGUUCAUUACGCCAUUAAACGAAGACACGAGCUUGUCGCAUCUUCGUCAAAAGCUAAUGAGAAUGUCGAAAGAAGACGAGUCACCAUCUGAAUUCUGGGAUAGCUUUAUCUCCAGAUAUACCAGGGCGAAGUUGACUGUCGGGUCUGAUACCUUGGUAGCUUUACAGGGGAUCGUUGAAAGAAUCAUCACAAUAGCUGGGACCGGCAACGAUCCGAAUGGAGUUCCGAGGAAAUUAGAUUAUGUGGCAGGCCUUUGGUAUGAUCGAAAUUUCCAACGCAGUCUUCUUUGGCGCCCAAAAUCCGGCUUACCACGUCGCCGUCCGGACACUUACCGGGCUCCCUCUUGGAGCUGGGCAUCACUUGAUGGUGAAAUCGAUUCUUAUGACGAAUAUGUCCCUUGGAUUUGGAAUCAAAAAGAUGUCGAACUCGCAAGCAUUGUGGAUAUUUCCAUCGAACCUCGAGAUGUCCAUGGAUCUCUGCCCACUGGCAAGGUCACGGGUGGAUAUCUUGACAUGAAGUGUUAUCUACGACCAUGUCAUCUACUAAAGAAUUUGACCGCAACUGAAUCGCAAAUGGAUGAAGAAUCAUCUGAUGCCUUGAUCAUCACUACUGAGCAACACCACAGACGUAUCGGUGACGCCUCCCUCGAAUCUUACGAAGAGGAGAGGGAUCCAAGCAAAAGGUUACCGAAAUUUGCCAAUUCAUGCAUAUUGGACUUUCCAGAUGAGAUACCAGAGUCAAAAUGGAUACAGGUUUAUUGCGUCCCGCUGCAGUUAGCUUGGCGUCAGACCGAUCGCUACGAGCAGUCGAUUUGGGAAAGCUACGAAGGCCUGGUCCUGAUGUCUACAGAAGAUGACUCUUCUGCUAGAACUGGUAAAGAGUCCGAAGAGUCCGGGUCAGGGUUGGAUACCUCUACUUGUCUAGAUUCUUUGCCAGUUACACAGACUUUCCGUCGAAUUGGCACAUUCACUUUCAACCUACAAGAAGAUAAUCGAGAAGCUAGGGAGGAUGACCUUUUCGGCCCAAUGACUCAUUACAAGGAUAAUGCGCCAACGAGAAAAACAGAAUCAAUUAGAGUUAUAUAA